AUGACCCUCCUUCGCGUAGCUCGGCAGGCGGAGGUUGGGGAGGGGCAGAAGGUCAUCAAGGAGGCUCACGGCCGGAAGUUCCUCCUGGUCCGAGUCCACGGCACGGUCUACUGCACAGAUGCUCACUGCUUCCACAUGGGCACAUCUCUGGCCGGCGGGGACAUAGAAGACAGCGGCAGCCACGCCUGCAUCGUAUGCCCAGCCCAUAGAUACAGGAUCGAGCUGUGCAGCGGCAAAAAGAUCGAUCGGAAGUUGGACGGCGCCGUCUGUGCGAGUGCUGACCAAAAACAGAGGAUAUACGAAGUCCACCCAGACCCCGAAUUCAUCUGGCAAGCUGGGCAAUGGAGCGCAGUGCAUCCUGUCACCACAGCUUCCUUGUACCGCUGA